CAGCACCUAUGCACAAUAAAUCAUAAUAAAAUAUUAUUAUUUAUUAUUUAAUAUUUAUUAAUUAUAUAGUUAUUACUAUAACGUCUAUACUCCAGCUGCAUAGUCUAUUAUAUCAUAAAAUUGUAAAUUACAAUAUCCAAAAGUCGGGGAGUUUAAGAUUUUAGUUCCUAAUAAAGUAAUAAAUAGUUUAUCGUUUUUUCUGUGUCACUCUAUCUUUAAUAUUUUAUGCAAGCAUCUAAAAUUUAAUCAUGGCAAACAAUAAGCCAGGACGAAUAUCUGAUAAACUUGUUCGGUGGGAAGCCGAAAAGAACCCAUUGGCACCUUUAAGUCAGUCUCAAAUCAAUGCAUAUCUGAGUUUGUCCGAACACAUAGGUGAUAGUGAUUUUAUGUCUUUAGAAAUCGAAGACCAUGACAUAGAUAAAUCAGAUAUAAAUGAAGAUCCACAAAUUUUAAAUAGAAACAUUGAAUCUGCCGAGGAUUUUCAUAAAUUCUAUCACGAGAUUUCUCAAAAAUGGAUGUCCGCGGAUAUAAAACCAUGUUUACAGCUUGCGAAUGAACUAAGAAGUCAGCUUGACGAGUGGAAUUUAAUGUUAUCUAAGAUGGACGAGUGUAUGGAGCUUAUUGGUAUGUUAGAAGAAAAAUACAGUGAGGUUUCAAAGAAAACAAACUCUUUAUAUUUAGCUGGAGAAGAACUACACACUGAUCAGACAAGUCUUAGUAAUAUAUGUCAAGAAAUUAACGAACGUUUGUCCAUCUUCAAUGCUGCUGACUCUAUUCACUCAAAAUUGGAUUCACCUUCAUUCAUUGUUACCAGUGAAAUGUUUGCUAACAUGAUGAUGUCUAUUGAUACUGGAAUUAAAUAUUUAAAUUCUCAUAUGUCGUAUAAGGAGAGCAAUAAAUAUCUUGCUCUGUAUAUAAACGCCAGGUACAAAGCUCUAUCGCUUGUUCAAACUUAUAUAACUCAGUGUCUUCAGACAGGAACAGAGAGUUUAGAUACAACUGAAUUCAUAGCACACUACGGGAAGUUUCAAGCAAUUGCAACAAAAGUACGGCCAGUAAUAGAAUUAUUGGAAAACCGUAUAGAUUUGGAUCCAGUAUAUUCUGCAGCAUUGGAAGACUGUGUACUGGCUUAUGUGACACGACGAAAAGCUCUUCUUGGUUCGUCCAUAAGUAAUACACUGUCCAAUUACACAUCGAGCGGAAGUGAUUAUUGUUCAACAUUACGUUCAUCGUGUAAAAUUCUCAUACAAUUGACUCAUGACGAAAAUCGAUUGUAUCAAUGUUUCUUUACAAAUAAAUCUCCAGUAUUCAGAGAAUAUCUUGAAACAGUUUGUAUGCAUUUGUAUGAUAUGUUAAGGCCAUUAGUUAUUCACAUGAAACAUUUUGAAACAUUAGUAGAACUUUGUACAAUCCUAAGGAUAGAAAUAUUACAAGACUAUGUUUCUGAAGAUGCAUCACUUGAGGUUUUUGGAUCUGUAGCAGAGUUACUGUUACAAGAUACACAAGAGCGUUUAGUAUUUCGAGCCAAUUUAUACUUUGUCACGGACAUUUCCGAGUACAAGCCAUCACCCGGUGAUAUAGCGUAUCCAGAAAAGUUAAAACAAAUGGAAGCAAUUGCUGAAGAAAUGCAAUAUCGACAGUUGACUAGAUACGACUCGACUGGAAGUUUAGUGUCAUCUGUAUCUGAAGCGCCAUCAGUUAUGUCAAAACAGUCAGGUGGAUGGACUUCUGCUGCAGAUCUUCAUGGAAUGUGGUAUCCACCUGUGAGACGUACAUUGAUGUGUUUAUCACGUUUGUAUAGAUGUGUUGAUAAAACCAUUUUUCAAAGUCUUUCUCAUGAGGCAGUUGCAUUGUGUUUGAAAAACAUACAUCAAGCUGCUCUGUUGAUUUCUCAAAAAAAGACACCAACAGACGGGUCUUUGUUUGAGAUAAAACAUUUAUUGAUAAUCAGAGAACAAAUAGCACCGUUUCAAGUAGAUUUUACUAUUAAAGAAUUAAACUUGGAUUUUAGUAAAAUGAAAAAUGCUGCUUGGGGUUUAAUUCAAAAACAUGACAAAAUGUUUGCUUUAAACUCAAGUAACUCAAUUAUUGAGUUUUUACUGGAAGGAACACCAGUUGUAUUAGAGAACUCUGUGGAUUCGAGACGUUUAGUUGAUCAAACAUUGAAGGAGUCUUGUCAAACAUUCAUUAAUCAUUCAUCUAACUCAUUAAUAUCACCAUUGUCUAUGUUUCUGGAUGAAGUUCAAAAAUAUAUUAAAUGGUGUAAUAUGCAAGGAUUCUUGGCUAUUGUUAAACAGCAAGAAUUUGCCCAACCCAAAGCUAUUCAAGAAAAGGUACAAGAAUCGUUGGCAAAAAUCAAAAAAGAUUUACCAUUACUCCAUCAGAGUAUGGCAUUGUAUUUGGCCAAUGGAGACACUCAGUUUGUCUUGUAUAGACCAAUAAAAAAUAAUAUUUUGCAUAUGUUUAUGAAAAUUCAACAAUUUUUAACUACAAACAGUUACACUAAAGAAGAACAACAAUUAAUUGCAUGUCCUACAUCUGAACAGAUGUCUAUGUUGUUAUCCACUUCAUCUUUGGCAUCUACUAAGUCGAACUCGAGAAAAACAAGUGCUGUAUCCAUUGAUGAAGAUCCUGCUGAAACCAAUGAAAACUCUUUGUAGUAUUAAAUCAAUAUGAUUAAAUUAAAAUGGUCUGUGAUAAAUGUUAUGAAAUAUUCAUUCAUUAAAAUAUUUACAUUAUUAUCUAUUACUUAUUUUAGCAUUAAUAUUUAAUUACAAGUCAUUUUAAAAUGCAGUUAAUGAUCUAAUAGGUUCAGCUAUAACAUUUUCUGUGACAGUUAAGGAUUUAGAACGUUGUUUUUUUUUCUUCAUAUGAUUUUUAAUUUUGAUUCGAGGAAUUUUUUUCUUUUCUCUUUUGCGCUUCACAAACUCAAUAAUCAAUGUAAAAGCAGCUAGCAAUAUGCCUCCGCCCAAUAGUACAAACAUGCCUUGUACAUCAUCCAAUGCAAGUUGACGGUCUUCGGGGGCAAUUAUUAAGUUCGGCUAAGAAAAUUUGAAACAGUAUUUUUUCAAAGACAUAAUUGAUAAUAGUUGAUUUACUUACAUUUCUAACUCCAGACUUUUGUGUGAUUUCCCACUCAAUAUCUUUAAUUAUUUUGGUUAUUAAUCCACUUUGUUGUGCUCGAAGUAUGAAAUUACUAAAUAUAUUACGAAAUAAAAAAUUUUUUUUAUAAGCUAUACCAAUAUUAAAUGGAACAUAACACUCCGAAGCAACAUGAAGGAAUAUUUUCUUGUUUUUGUACCUAAAAUUAAUAAUAUAAUAAAAUUCCUGGCCAUGUAUUUGUGGCUCAAGAUUUAUAUGUAGGUACAUACUUCUGUAUGUAGUUAUUUUGGUAUAAAUAAGUGAGUGAAAUUUUAGAACCCAGAAAAGCAUAGUCUAAUAUGAACCUGGUUUUGACAAUGUAAUCUAUUGCAUCUUCUAAAUUAUUCAUAAGCUUUAUAUUUGACAUUAGCCUUUUCGACAUUGUAUCAUUGGUAACAUUUAGAUAAUAUUGCCAACCACCCUUAUCUAAAAUAUAAAUUAUAAUUUAAACAUAUUA